CUAAAUAAUUUCAAGCCGAAUAAUACUCCGAAUAUUAACUUCCAACAGUUCCCUUUUAUCAAAUGCUCUAUGUCCCAUUUUAAGUCAUUAAUCUAUAUAACCAUAAAACCCGUCCAUUCAUAAUUCAUCAGACAUCCUUCUAUCCCCAAAAAAAAAACACUUUCUCUGUUCGUUUGAUCUUUUGUAUCUUCUUCUCUUUUUGAGAAAAAUCUUUUGUCUCUUCGAAUAUCAAAGAAAUGGAGUUAUUCACCAAAGGAGACGCCGUUAAGUUAAGAAGCCACCUGGAUAAGUUUCUAGUCGCCGACGACGACCGAGAAACCAUCCGUCAAAGCCGUAAAGGAGAUGCCCGGCGAGCUGUAUGGACGGUAGAGACCGUCGAGGCUAAACCGAAUCUGAUAAGAUUAAGAAGCUGCCAUGGCACGUACUUAACGGCGAGCAAUAAACCGCUGCUGUUAGGUAUGACCGGUGAGAAAGUGACUCAAACGCACUCGUCUAACAAACCUAUGGAUUGGCAAACGCAGUGGGAACCGAUGCGCGAUGGUUUCUCGGUGAAGCUGAAAUCUUGGUGCGGGAAAUGGAUGAGGGCUAACGGCGGGACACCGCCGUGGAGAAACUCCGUUACUCACGACGAGCCUCAUACGUCGAAGACCAAGAACUGGUUGGUUUGGGAUGUUAUUACCGUUGGUGGUUCUGAUCUUGAAAACAUGUCUGAUGGUGAUGAGAGCUCUGUUUCUUCUCCGGUUUCUUCACAUAUCUCCGGGUCGGGUCUCGGGUCGGAGCCUGGGUCGCCCGUUUCCGCCAGGUCAAUGAAGAGUAUUGAUCGGUUCGCUUCUCUUGGUUUGAGUUCAAUGUCUCCGAGAUGGUCCUCAAAACCGAAAGCAAAUAGCUUCAACCCAAAGGAGAAGACGAGCAGCUUCAACCCAGACGAAACAGUAUCAGCGAUGGAGUUUUUCAAGAACGCUAAAGCCGUUCGAAUGCGUAACAGCCACAACAAGUAUCUACACGCAGACGACGACGAAGAAUCCGUGACUCAGAAACGGAACGGAUCAACCAAAAACGAUCGAUGGACCGUCGAACCGGUUCGCGACUCCUACCACGUGAUCCGUCUCAAAAGCUGUUACGGUAAAUACCUAACCGCUUCCAACGAGCGGUUCUUGCUCGGAGCCACGGGUAAGAAAGUGAUUCAGCUUAAACCGAGUCGGCUCGACUCGGCGGUCGAGUGGGAACCGGUGAGAGAAGGAUCCAAGAUCAAGCUCAGGACGAGACACGGUAACUAUUUACGAGGUAACGGUGGUCUUCCGCCGUGGAGAAACUCCGUCACGCACGAUAAUCCUCAUUUGUCGGCUACUCAGGACUCCAUCUCGUGGGAGGUUGAUAUCGUUGAGCUCUUGAUUAAUCCUCAAGUCACGGCGGAGACUGAGUUCACUCCGUCUCCGAAGACUCCGCUUUCGCCUCCGCCGCAUAGGAGGAGGCCAUCGAGGACUCCGUCUUCUCUUUCAGAGAGAUCCGAAGAAGAGUCGGUUGUGUCUCCACCGAAAUCGGAUGGGAGGACGAUAUACUACCACAUCGCUGACGAUGAAGGACACGUGGAAGAUGAAUCAGGUGUUGGAUACGCUUUCACGUUUAAAGGAAACAGCGUGGCGGAGCUGACUCAGACUCUGCGAGAAGAAACGUGCAUGGAAGAUGCUGUGGUGUGCACUCGCAGUCCCUUAAACGGCAAGGUGUUUCCUCUUCGUUUGCAACUUCCUCCAAACAAUGGAACAUUGCAUGUCAUUCUGGUACCCUCCACUGCUAGCCUCUAGACUAGUAGUGAUUGAUUGUCUUCUUGUGCGGUAAGCGUUUGGUGAAGCAAAAAAAUGAUAUGAACCUUACAAAAAGUCUAUAAGAUAAUAAGAGUUGGUAGUUGGUACAAGAUUCUUGGUGGCGUCGCAUUGGAUUAGUCUUUUAAUACGAGUUGAUGUGUAAAAAUACAGUAGAGUUUUGAUAAUAGAAAAAAGAAAUGCUUAUUAUACAUUUAUUUUUUGGGAUAUAGACCAAGUUGUUCGUUUUUGUUGUUGAUUGUAAAUAAACGAUUUCUUUUUGUAAACGAGCAUUUGGAUUUUUUUGAGUUAUUUUGUAUGAGCAUGCAUUCGACAUGAACGAGUAUUAUUUUGUUUUUCCUGUA